AUGCCCAAGAGGUCCAAGAGGUCUGCGGCGGCGAAGCAGCGAUGGAGGAAGCUCGACCUGGAGGAGCUGACGUCUUUCGCCCCCCCCCUGGAGACGGUGUCCCCCCCGGCCGGAGAGGAGCCUUCCAGAGGGUCAAGGACCAAGAGGACCAAGGAGACCCGCCCCCCCUGCUCCCGAGCUCCAGUCAGCAACGCGGUUGGAUCUUCACCCCCAGCCAAGCCGUUCUGGAGCCCGGGUGAUGUGCGUGCCGAAGUUCGUGCACGCCGCGGUACUGGUUACCGCCAUCGGGUGCUGAGGUGGCCAACUUCGAAGCUCACUGGACGGAGCCACAAGUUGGUCAUCCCACCGGAGUCUCCUGACAAGAAGUUCAUUCUGAUUGUUGGGGACUCCCAUCUCCGGUCCAUCGCUGACGGGUUCGCCGUGAUGCCAGAAGCUAAGUAUUCUUUUGGUAUCAUGUCAACCCCUGGGGCUCACGCCGCUGAGCUGCGGACUGAGGUCCUACAUGCUGUACUUCCUCGGUCCCCUCAUGCUGUCUGUGUUCUAGCCCCUAGUAACAACCUGACUGCCAGCAGGACCAUCGACGAGGCGGCCGUCGACUUUGCACGUUUCCUCACUGCUGUGAGGAGCCGCUGGCCGGAGGUCUUUGUGCUGGACUUCCCGCCCCGCCUGAAGGAGGAUGAGACGCACCAGGUCCUCCUUCGGCAAGAGUACCACCGCGUGGCAGCUCGUAUGGGGUUGAGGUACUUCCCUGCGGCGGAGCACUUCCCCCGUACGCGCUUGGAGCUGUGGAGCAGAGACGGCGUCCAUCUGUCCGACCGUGAGGGGAUGGGGAUCCUCACGCAGUUGCUGUGGAGCACAACCGAGUGGUUCCUCGAGACACCGCCUCCACCUCCCCGGGUGUCUCCAACACCUUCACCGCCACUUAGGAGAUUCUCUCCUAAGCUGGUUGUGAAGGGAGAGGUACGUGCUCCACUGUCUCCUGACCCCUUCCAGUGGAGGGUCGUGGGUCAGAGCAGCAAGUCGCAGGUUUCCGGCCAGGCCAGCGUGGCUCAGCAGCGGAAGGAGGAGUCCUUCCUUCCACUGAAUCCAAAGUGGUUCAGUGGCAUGGCUCUUCGUGCCAUGGAGGAAGUGUCUCCUUCUGACCUGUGUGGCGUGGUGGACUGCAAGUCUCCUCCAGCGGGCAAGAAGGUGGCCUCCCCAGCAGCAGCCAGGCGUCGCAGGACCAGGGAGAGACGCCCCCACAGCCGCCAGUCUCCAGUGAACAACCUGGUUGGAUUACCUCCAACCGGGGUGUCACGGGGACUGGAGGACGACGCCCCCUCCAGCCCGGUUCCUGUGGUGAGACGGUCCAGGACCAUGGACAGACACCCCCCCCGCACCCAAACUUCAGUGACCAACCUGGUUGGAUCGCCUCCAGUCAGGUUGUCCUGUGGUUUGGGUGAUGCAGCGACCCCCUGCUGUUCUCCGGUUGCGAAGGAUGGAGACCCCUUCACCCCCUUCACCAGCUGUACCCAGAGCCCGUCGCUCUCCUCGCCCAGCUAA